AUGACUAGUCGGGGUGCUUAUUUUAAAGAAUACAACCAAAAACCAGAGAGGAAAAAAUAUCUUACUCAAAAAUCACAAAAAAGAUAUCAGCAGCAAAAAAAAGGAACUGGCAAGAUAAUUUGUCCGAAUUGUUCAACUGUUUCAAAACAAAAUGAAUUAAGAAUAUUAGAAAGAGAAUUACAAGUUCAUCAGUAUAAUUUAGACCAUCCCAAAGAAAAAUUAGAAGAAUUUGAAAAAAAAUGCUUACUAAAAAAAAUUGAGAUUGGCAAAAGAAAGAUUGGUAAUUGUAAAGAUGAGUUAGAAGAAAUUACUGAGGCCUAUGAAAAUGAAAAAAGAGAAUUAUGCCAACGAUUAUCUUAUACUAAAAAAGAUAUUCCUGAUUUAUUUUUAAGAAAUCCAGAAGAACGAAUUGACCCGCUUACUCGUGAAGGACCUGAAUAUAAUCCCUAUGAAAUUCAUGUAGAAGAGAAAACUGAUGAUAGCCUGUUUUUUGUUUGGAAACCAGUAGAAAGAGAGUUAGAAAGCCUUGAUGAAAAAGGAGAAAAAGUAAUGAUUAAAGGACAAUACUUAGCCCUUUCCAACCUUAUUCUCCAUCAUUCUACUUUAGGAAUUGGAGAAAUUUGCUCUUGCCCAAGUUAUGAAGUUUAUACUAGCAAAAAUAAAUUUAGUUUGGAUUAUGAAUUGAAAUUUGACCUUUAUCGAUUAGGAAGAAAAGAAAAAGAUUUGAGAUGGCAUGUAAAACAUGAUAGUAUUGAAGUAAUCGAUUUUAAGGAUGUAAUGGCAGGUCAAAGAGCAACUUUAUACUUUUUGUUAAGUAAAAGAUUAUUUCUAGAAACUACAGAAACAGAAACGGCGAAAGGAAAAGUCGCUAAAAAACUUGCCGCAACAUCAGCGAGAGCAGUAGUUGGAGCGGCAGGCGGAAUGGCUCAAUUGGCUCACAAUGAAUUAAUGACUACUCCUACUUACAGCGAAACUACCCAUACCAUGACUUUUCACGAGUUCCGACACAAAUAUUUGUUUAGUAAAGACCGUCCAAUUUCUUUGUGGGUAGAAUAUAACCAAGAAUUAGCCAAUCAAUAUCGAAACAAAAGAGAACUUAAAGGACCAAUGUUUUAUAAUUAUACAAACUUAGAUUUUUUGGGUGGAGCGGGUGAAACAAUUUUAAUAACAGCUGAUAUUAGUGAUGCAGAUUAUAGUAAUGUGGAUUAUAUUGGAAACCAAGAUUAUACCUAUAAUUUUACUAGUGGAGGCUCUGUUGUUUUAAAAACAAGAAAUAGCGGACCACAAACUGCCACUAUUCCUAGCGGAGGAGGAAAAGUUAUUCUUAGAGUUAGGGGCAGUACGGCUCAAUUAGUGUCAAUAGGCGAAAAACCAGAAACAGUUAGAAAUCCAAGUGGCAUUCCUGAAGGAAUUCCGCCAAGCAAAACUUUACCAACCGACCCUACUUAUGCUAAUAAUCCACCCACAACCCCCUUCAACCCCAACCAAUUCCCUUCUUCAGGCAAUUUAGUCCCUAAUCCAACUGGUUCGGAUAUUGAUCCAACUAAGGAUACGGACAAAGGCAAAGAUGAUGAAGUGCCACCUGAUUACGACCCAUAUGGUGAUAAUGAUUAA